AUGAAUGACACUCCGCGACUCCGUUCUGCUUUUCCUCAGACACCCCAGACGGCUCAGAGAACACGAAAUUAUACUAUUACACCGUCUAGGCCUUUACCUCAGGAUUUCGGACUGCAAAAAUCAUCUCCGAGAGGGCCAACGAGCGCCCCGGGCUCAUCUUCGCCUCUUAUUCCAACUGGGAUUAUAGAUGCCCCAUCACAACGGCUCUAUGUUGUGGCCUUCUACCUUGCUCUUCAUACCUGGCAAGUAUACGAAUCCUGGACUGCUUCAGAUGAUCUGGACUCCACCUGGUUAUUUCUGAAAUGGGCAUCGAUCGAUGGUGUUUUCCUCUUUGGCCUUCAAGCCCUGCGUAUUCCCUGGCUAGAAUGGGCCUUUCCAACAACACUAGCUGUUUUCCUAGUCCAUGUAGUUGGUAACGUGUUUUUAAUGUUUCGGAUUCCUAUUCCGUUGGGCGCAUGGCUAUCAGGUAUGAUAAAGGUGGCGUACGACAGGGAAUUAUCGAUAUCUGAGCGAAGUGUCAAGCCGGGCGAUAUCAUCCACAAUGCUUCCCUCAUAUUAGGAAAGCAGAUAGUCCACAUAUUACCUGAAGGGUCUGCUGUUCUUAAUCCAGACCAAAUACCUCUAUGUAUAGAUUCUCACGGAAAUGCUGUGAAUCUGCCAAUCAGAAUAAAUCAAACCGAUCCAGUUUUGGUAGAACUAUUACGACUAGAUUUUAAUAGCGGGGACAACGAGACUAUUUCAAUUUCAUCAAAGCAGUUGAAACAGUUGAAGCGUCAGGCGGGCAAAAAACAUUCAAACACAGCCACUGGCUUCCACCAUGAUCUUCUUUUUCCGAUCCGGCGUCCUGGGAUUUACAGACUCCAAAGGGUGGUAGACGAGUCCAAUCUUGAAGUUCAAAUGAGAACAUCCGAUGCACUUGUCGUUUCCUGCCCGCAGGCGCUAAUAAAGAGUUCGCACAUGCACAAAUGCAAAGGAGAGCUAUCCAAUUUAAUUCUUGCUGUUGAAGGUACGCCGCCAUUGAAGAUCAAGUACAGCAGGCAGGUAAACCGUCUCGAUCGGGGAUUCUCCUUUCAAAACAUUCAAUCAGAUCGUUUGCGUUCGCCACUAUUGGGCCAGAGGAACUCGGGUGCCUUAUUCAAUGCCCCAGAGCCCGAUAUUAGUUGGGCUCAAAGCCGUACUAUAGAAGUUCCCUUGAAUGAGUCAUUAAAUAUUGGAGGAGAGUGGCUUUAUACGAUUGAGGAAGUCCACGAUGGCUGUGGGAAUGUUGCGAAUUACUCCAUAAUUUUCGGCGAAAGUGACCGACCGCCUGCAAAAGCAACACCUCAGUGGCAUCAAUUUUCUGUUCAUGAAAGGCCUCGGAUAUCCUUAUAUGGAUGCAAUGACCAACGGUUUAUACAGGUCGCUCGAGGGGAGAGCGUAGAUUUCCCAAUCCAAUUCCACACUUCGGGGCAACAAUACAGCCAUGAUGGACCAUUCUCUCUCAAAUACUCAUACAGCAGCAAAGAGCUUGAGGAUCCCGGCAAUAUGCCUAGUAAACUCCAACAGCUGUCUCUCAAAAGUCUUGAUCAAAAGCCUCAAAUUAAGGAGCCGGGAUGGUACAGUUUGGAUUCUGUGUCCAGUCAGUUUUGUUCUGGAGAAGUACUGGAGCCGGCAUCUUGUUACCUGCACAACCCACCAGAGCCAGAACUAACAGUCAGACACGAGAAAAUAUUUGACAAGUGCGCAAAUAACCCGGUUGGAUUGUUGGUUGACUUGGAUAUCACCGGCUCACCACCGUUUCGACUCCGAUACCUCGUUGAACAUGCAAAGGGUAUCGAGACGAAGUCACUGGCAAUUGAAGGGUUGCGUGCUCAGCUUGAAUUCAAGCCAUCUGAAGCGGGGUUUUACCGAUACCGAUUUCUAGAAAUCGCAGAUGCGGUGUAUGCACCUCGGCCCUUGAAAGACAAAAUCCCCGUCUUGGAACAAAAUGUAAAGCCCCCAGCUUCUGCUCAUUUCCUUGGACCUAGAGAUGUGCGCAAGGCUUGUUUUGGCGAGCCGGUGUCUGUGGAUGUGGCGUUUGUUGGCGAACCGCCGUGGAUUUUGCAAUACGAACUUGUCCACAAUGGCAAGAAGACCAAACAUGUUCUAGAGUCCGAUAACGAAAUAUUUAGCAUCAAGACUGAGAGACUCAUCAGUGGUGGUGAAUACAACCUCAUCCUGACAAACGUUAAAGACCGCUCGAAUUGCAAACGGAAUCUUAAAGAUAGCAUCAAAAUCGAUGCCCGAUCAAAGCCACCGCAGGCGUCGUUUGGUGAAAUUGAAAAUAGUCGUGAAUAUUCAGCCCUACAGGACUCGAAAGUUGAUAUUCCACUCAGAUUAAGUGGUGAACGACCAUGGGUAGUUAAAUACAGCGAUAUGGACACUAAUUCUUCCAUACUAGAAAAGACUUUUUGGCAGGAGAAUAGCAUUCUGUCUGUUAGUCAAGAAGGACGGUAUGAACUCGUUGGAGUGGCCGAUAACUCUUGCCCUGGCUCAGUUGAUCAAGCAGCCAAAAUUUUCAAAGUUUCUUCGAUACCUCGGCCGCAUAUAACAGCCGUGGAUGGAUCUCCUGUGGGCAUAGCUGGUCAUAUUGAGAAGCGGGACGUCUGUCAGGGAGAUGAUGAUAGUCUUGAACUUCGUUUGUCAGGGAAUCCGCCAUACACUGUUCAGUAUGAACAACAGCGAAAGACGAGCCGUGGAUCACCUUCUGUGCGGCUGCAAAGUUUGAAGACUGCUCUGCACUCAGCCACUAUGGAAAUGGAUACCUCUGAGCCUGGGUUUUACACGUACAAAUUUAUGGAAAUAGGCGACAGUCUCUACGACCAUGAUCCCAGGAGUAAGCCGAUUGCUGUGACACAGAAGGUAAAUGCACUACCAUCCGCGCGCUUCGAUGCGCCAGGUCAUAUCUACGGUUUUUGCAAGGAGGAUGUUAGCGGUGAAGAAUUAAUACCCAUCGCCCUGGAUGGGAUCCCCCCGUUUUCUCUUGAAAUAUCCAUCAAACACUAUUCGAAAGCAAAGGCAGAAAUUUUGUCGAUCCCCAGCAUCCGUUCAAAUCGACACAACCUUCCUAUACCGCGUCGUCACCUGGAUUUGGGGCAGCAUGUGGUCAGCAUUCAUAAAGUGAGAGAUGCACGAGGAUGUCAGCGAGUUAUUGAGGAUGAUACCUCGUCCGUAAGAGUUGCUGUCUCCGACGUUCCCACAAUAAUUCCCCUCGAAUCAAAAGUUGACUAUUGUGUUGGGGAGCGUCUAUCUUUCUCACUUUCCGGUCAUGCACCCUUUGACGUGUUCUACACGUUUGAUGGGGCUUCAAGGAAGGCAACGUCCCGGACUACUAACUUUCGUCGCAUUGCAGAAAGGCCAGGAUUAUUCACCAUAACCGCUGUCAGUGAUGGUGCAAGUGGAAAAUGCAAAGCCCAUAAAAACAUAACCAAAACUAUUCACGAAAUGCCAAGUGUUAGAAUCAGCAGAGGUCAAACUUCCAUUGUUGACAUACAUGAGGGUGGAGAAGCAGAGCUACAUUUUGAGUUCUGGGGAUCUCCGCCUUUUGAAUUCACGUACAUCCGAAGUUCAAAUGUCCGAAGAGGGAAGAAACCAGAAAUACUCGACAUUAAACAUGACAUCUCUUACGAGCAUAAGAAAACCAUUAAGACUUCUGACGAGGGUACGUACGAAGUUGUAGCAAUCAAAGACAAAUUCUGCUCUUUCUCCUCUCAGGCAUCCAUACAGAAGUCAGAAAAGUCUAUGACAGGCUCCUAA